UGGAGUCCAGAACAGAAGACAGAAUCAGAUUCAACAGACAUGGAAGAAUUUAAAUUAUAUGGUGUUGACCUGAAGCUAGCGGAGAACUUGUCCCGGCACAGGACAGAUGGGUUCAUCAGUUCCAAAGAGCUGGUGGUGCGGAGGGGAGCUGCGUUUAAGGUCGGCCUGGAGCUAAAAGGACGACCUUUCAACCCCAAUACAGACAUUCUCAAGAUCAAAAUCAUGCUAGGUCGCCUGUACACCAUAAUGCCAGUGAGCUACAGGCCAAAGCACUCGGACUCUCUGUGGACAGCCUUCAUGGACCUGUCCUCCUUUAACCCUCAGCAGCCCUGUGUCUACAUCAGCCCCCCAGCCUCUGCUCCAGUCGGACGCUACAAAUUAGUAAUAUGUGCCUUCACUAAAGAUGGACAGAGCGUCUGCACACUGGGCAAGUUAACCCUGCUCUGCAACCCCUGGUGCAAAGAGGACUCAGUGUACAUCCCAUUUGAGGACCAGAGAGAGGAGUAUGUCCUGAACGACUCUGGCCUGCUCUUUACAGGAACAGCCACUAACCUGGUGCCACGGCCGUGGUCUUUUGAUCAGUUUGAGUCUGGGGUCUUGGAGGCCUGUCUGAACCUUCUGGAGGUGAGCCCCCAGCACCAGCUUAACCGAAGAACUGACUACCUGAACCGCAAUGACCCGGUUUACCUCAGCCGCGUGGUGUCUGCUAUGAUAAACUCUGAGGACGACCGAGGGGUGGUCAAAGGAAACUGGACAGGGGACUUCAAAGACGGCCUAAACCCGUCUCUGUGGACCGGCAGUGGGGACAUCCUGAGGCAGUGGGCCCAGUCUGGCUUCAGUCCAGUCAAGUACGGCCAGUGCUGGGUGUUUGCAGCCGUCAUGUGCACAGUGAUGAGGGUGCUCGGUGUUCCCUGUCGUGUCGUCACCAACUACAACUCGGCUCACGACACCAACAGCAACUUGGUGAUAGAAGAGUACUACACCAAAACUGGACAGAAGCUCCCUGGCAGCAAAGACAGCAUAUGGAACUUCCAUGUGUGGGUGGAGUGCUGGAUGUCCCGUCCUGACCUGGGAUCAGCCAUGGACGGGUGGCAAGUUUUGGACCCCACCCCUCAGGAGAGAAGCGGAGGUGUAUUCUGCUGUGGCCCCGCCCCCGUGAAAGCCGUCCGAGAUCGGCGUAUAGGCCUGAUUUAUGAUGUCCCGUUCGUGUACGCUGAAGUGAACGCAGAUGUCCAUACCAUUAUUGUGAGCCAGGGCCAGGUGGUCAGAGUGAAUAAAGACACAGAGAAAGUGGGAGCCCUGAUCUGCACCAAAGCUGUGGGAUUCCCCAGAGUCCAGAACAUCACGGGGGACUACAAGGUGGUCAGAAGUCCAACGUCUACUCUGUCAUCAAGAAGUUCAAGAAUCUCUGAUGACUCUACAUUGAGGAGAGCAUCAACUGCACCAACAGGAAUCUUGGUCUUCUUGAAUUUAGACAAACCUGCAGUUUCUGGAGAGCCCAUCCGCUUCACCAUAAAGAUCAUCAACAAACAGAACAAGGUCAAACGCCUAAAAAUGCACCUCAACGCCCAGGCUAAGGAGUACAACCACACCCCCUCGGACACCUUCUGGGAGUCCCACGGGGUCCUUCAGAUGGGCCCUGCAGAAGUUAAAACAGUUCAACAGCAGAUCCUCCCAACGCAGUAUGAAGAUGUGGUAGGAGACGACCUCAUAAACCUGGCUGUUGUUUUGGAGGAUAUGAGCUCUCAGGAGCAGGCUCUGGCUACCGAGGAGUUCAACAUCGCCAGCCCACAACUUAUUAUCAAGAUUGCAAAUGAAAACUCGGUGAUGGUGCACAGAGAGCAGAUGGCCACAGUGACUUUCACAAACCCAUUCUCUCAUCCUGUCAGCGGCAUCCUGGUCGUGGUUGGGGCAGGGCUCAUCCAGGACAAAGUCACUUUCAGGAUGCCUCCUUUGAAAGCUGGUGGAAAAGUACAACAGGCCAUUUCCUUUAUUCCCCGGAUGGUUGGAUCCAAGAUGUUGCAUGCCAACCUGAUGCUUACAGAUGUUAGAAGCACCGUCAGAGGAUUCAAAAUGGUGUCUGUUAAAAGCGGCUAAUCUGAGUUAUUUGUUUACUGUAUAUGCAAGUAUUUUUCAUUUGUAUGCCUUUAUUAAGUAUAUAGCUUCUUAUUCAUAACACUACUUUUCACCUUAAGUAAUGUGAAUAUAUUUAUUUACGUAUAUUUAUUUGUGUAAUUAAUUGUGCGUGUGUAUCGAUGUACAAGAUGCAGCUACCUGAAAUCCAAUACUUGAAUCCGCUUUUUGAGCUCUGUGCUUUGACAAAUAAAACAGUAUUACUAAUUGC